AUGAGCAAACCUCAAAAUUUCAAAACUAUAUUUGAAUUCAUAUUGAACAAAAAAUCAUUGGGCACUAAGACUUUUUACAGUCCUUUGUUGUCUGCACCAUCAAACAUCCAUUGGCAGUUAGAAUUCAAUCCGGUUGGCAUUCAAGAAACGAGAUAUUGCUCAAUAUUCCUUAAUGCCAUUCCGAAUAAAUGCGAAAAACAAAACAAGGAUACAAUUUGGCGCAACAGAGAAAAUUUGAAACCAAGUCUUAGUUUAAAAAAUUAUUCUAAUGAUUACUUAUAUUCAACCAUUGUUGACAGAUUAUAUGAUAAUAGGAAGUUAAUUUGGGGCGAGCCUCGAUUUUAUGCAAAUGAAAGCCUUCCAGAAACUUUCGUGAUUGGCGUAGAAUUUAAUACAGAUAUUUCUGAAGAAAAGCCUGUUACUGAUUUUAUAGAUCCUAAAAAAAAUCAUCAGUUAAAAAAUGCUUGGCUCAGUGAUUUGAAUAAUCCAAAUACUUCUGACGUGAGAUUUCUCGUUGAAGACAAGGAAUUUUAUGCCAGCUCCAAAAUUUUGAGUGCUCAAUCAGAAUAUUUUCAGGCAUUAUUCAGAGACAAUUGGAAGGAUAUGACAAAUCGAUAUGCGGUAUUCAAUUGCAAAAUUGUGGAUACGCAUCCUAAGCUGUUUUUGCAAAUGCUUAAAUAUCUCUAUACUGGUGACGUGGUUUAUGAAUCUCCAUGUUUUCUCGAAAAUGCCAUUGAUCUGUACGGAAUUGCUGACAAAUAUUUAUUGGACGAAUUACGAGAACAAACAAUGGAGCAUAUAGUUUCUUCAAUGACUGUAGAGAACGCUGCGGAAAUUCUUUUCGGAUCAGCUUACAAAUGGCCUGCCCUGAAAAGAGAAGUAAAGAAAUUCGUCGUAAACAACUUCGCCAGCAUAGCCGAAACCUCAAACUACGAACAUAUUAUCAAAAAUCGUAAUAAUUAUCCUAAUUUUUACGAAAUCAAUACCGAACUUCUGUUAAAUCUUCAUCAAAGAGAUAUCUAA